AAGAGAGAGAGAGAAAUUUUUGCUGUUAGGGUUUCAAGUUUCAAGCCUGACCCCGCCAAAUCCUAUAUUAGUACUAAAUCAAAUCCUCAGCAUUCAUCCUUUUUCUUCUUGGCUUAUUCCCUUCGCAUGAAUCGGAACCUGCUCCGAAUUCCCGUCUCCGUUUGCGGUCCCAACCAGCUCCUUCUCCGGCAAUGGCUGCGGCGAAGUCCUCGCCAUCUGUGUCAGCGACCGGAUCGGAGCCUCCCAAGGACUCCUCGAUGAUAAUACAACGACAAGAAAAUGCUCCAACUGCUCCGGAGAUUUUAUCUGCAAUUGAUUCUCUAAAGAAGAAAGUUACAGCAAAGCGGUGUAUUUCUGUACAGAAAAGACUGGAGGAAAACGGGCAGAAGCUCCUUGGUAUCACAAACCAUCUUUACAAAUUAUCGAUGGAGCGAAGAAGUAGUUGGAACAAUGUUGAUAAUGCUGUAGAUCUUUUAACAAAGAGGCAAACAGAUGCAAUUGGUAUGCAAAAUGGUAUUGAGACAAGCAGUGGGGACAAAGAUAGUCAUAACCCUUUUGAACAUUCAACAGCAGUUCUCAUGGGAUCAAGUAUUCCAGUCAAGAAUGCUGUUCGCCCUGUAAAGCUUCCUGAAGUGAAAAAAUUACCUCCUUAUACUACGUGGAUUUUUCUGGACAGAAAUCAAAGAAUGACAGAAGAUCAGUCAGUGGUAGGUCGAAGGAGGAUUUAUUAUGAUCAAAAUGGGGGUGAAGCACUUAUUUGCAGUGAUAGUGAGGAGGAAGUACUUGAGGAAGAUGAGGAAAAAAGAGAAUUUUUAGAACCUGAAGAUUACAUUCUUCGUAUGACCAUUGAGGAAUCUGGUUUAUCUGAUCCGGUGCUUGAAUCUUUAGCAAAAUGUUUUUCUAGAAGCCCUUGUGAAGUCAAGGCAAGAUAUGAAGCUCUUAUAAAGGAGGAGAAGGACGCAGGGGCCUCCAAAGAUGGGGAUAAUGAAGUGCAAAGUUGGAAUUCCUUUCUUGGAAAGGAUCUUGAAGCAGCCUUGGAUUCUUUUGACAACCUAUUUUGUCGGCGAUGUCUUGUUUUUGAUUGCAGAUUACAUGGUUGUUCUCAGGAUCUCAUCUUUCCCGCUGAGAAACAAACUCCAUGGAACCAUCUGGAUGAAGAAAAUGUACCUUGUGGCCCAAAUUGCUAUCGAUCGGUGCUGAAGUUGGAAAGAAUUGCCACUGUGAGCUCUCCCACCAAGGGAGAUACUGAAGAGAAGUCUAACUCUUCAUCUGAUGGCAUAGGGGCUCAGAUGUCAUCUAAAAAGAAACCUUCUAACCUGUCUGCUAGAGGGAGGUUGAAGUCCUGCCAAAGUGAAAGCGCUUCUUCGAAUGCAAAAAAUAUUUCAGGAAGCAGUGACUCGGAGAUUGGACCCCAGCAGGAAGACACAUCGAUGGCCCACCAGCUAUCUCCUUCCAAGGCUAAACUUGUUGGAAAAUCUGGAAUUCGUAAGAGGAACAGCAAGCGAGUUGCUGAACGAGUUCUAGCUUGCAUGCGUAAAAGGCAGAAGAAGACAAUGAUUUCUGAUUCUGAUUCUGUUGCUAGUGGAGGUGUCUCACAAAUUGAUACAAAACUCAGGCCUAAUUCACGAAAAGAAAAUGAAGAUGCCACGUCUUCUUCGCAGAAGAAUGUAAAAUCACCAACAACUGGAAGGUCUAGGCGGAAAGACUGGUCAUCUGGUGAAGGUCCUGAUGUUUUGUCAAAUGAGAAGAAUGUUGGCCUGCCUGUGGUUCGCAGCAACAGUGCCCCCAAAAAAGAAGAGUUUGUGGAUGAAAACACAUGUAAACAAGAACUAAGUGAUGAUAAGUCUUGGAAAGCUGUUGAAAAAAGUCUUUUGGAGAAAGGGGUGGAGAUUUUUGGCAGGAACAGCUGUUUGAUUGCCAGAAACCUUUUAAAUGGCUUGAAGACAUGUUGGGAGGUUUUCCAAUACAUGACUUGUUCUGAGAAUAAAUUGUCUUGCCAAGCAUCUGAUGGUGUAAUUUCUCUUCUUGAAGGCUAUCCGAAGUUUGACCUGAAUGGAGCUAUGGGUAAUAAUGAAGUAAGGCGGAGAUCAAGAUUUUUACGUAGACGAGGUAGAGUCCGUCGCUUGAAGUAUACCUGGAAGUCUGCAGCUUAUCAUUCAAUUAGGAAACGGAUUAGCGAGAGGAAGGAUCAGCCAUGCCGCCAGUAUAAUCCAUGUAAUUGUGGAACAGCUUGUGGCAAGCAGUGUACUUGUCUUUUGAAUGGGACCUGCUGUGAGAAGUACUGUGGUUGUCCAAAGACUUGCAAAAAUCGUUUUAGAGGUUGUCAUUGUGCUAAAAGUCAAUGUCGAAGCCGUCAAUGUCCCUGCUUUGCUGCAGACAGGGAAUGUGAUCCAGAUGUUUGCAGAAAUUGUUGGGUCAGCUGUGGUGAUGGUACUGGUACUCUUGGAGUUCCUCCACAAAGAGGUGACAAUUAUGAAUGCAGAAAUAUGAAGCUUCUUCUAAAACAACAACAAAGGGUUUUGCUUGGAAGGUCAGAUGUUUCGGGAUGGGGAGCUUUCUUGAAGAAUAGUGUUGGCAAACAUGAAUACCUUGGUGAGUACACUGGAGAACUGAUUUCUCAUAGGGAAGCAGAUAAGCGUGGAAAGAUAUAUGAUCGUGAAAAUUCAUCAUUUCUCUUUAAUCUGAAUGAUCAGUUUGUUCUUGAUGCUUACCGAAAGGGUGACAAGUUGAAGUUUGCCAACCAUUCUCCUGAUCCUAAUUGUUAUGCCAAGGUUAUCAUGGUAGCAGGGGAUCACAGGGUGGGCAUAUUUGCAAAGGAACGGAUUAAUGCAGGAGAGGAACUUUUCUAUGAUUAUCGUUAUGAGCCAGAUAGAGCUCCUGCUUGGGCCAGGAAGCCUGAGGCAUCUGGGUCAAAGAAAGAGGACAGUGCUCCAUCAACUGGCCGAGCAAAGAAGCUUGCUUAAGCUAACCAUUUAUUUACAUCCUAAAUUCAAAUUUUUUGCCAUUCUUUUACAGGUGGAAGGAUCAUUCUCAUUGUCCAGUGAUAGACUCCAUUGAUAACUCAUUUGAUUUUGCCUUUUAAGUUCAUCCUCAGUCCACAGGAAAAUGUUCAUUCAUUUGAUUAACAUGACCUGAAUUCAAAACUUUCUUGUAAAAGGGCAACCAUGAAAUUAAGAUCAUGCUGACCAAAUUUGUUGUGGGAGGUUGAUGUUACUGACUGAACCCACUUCCUUUGGUUGCACAGGACAAAUUUGGUUUUUUUUUUUUUUCUUUUAUUAUUAUUGAACAUCCAUUCCCUGUUA